AUGGAUCCGCAGUCGGAGCGGACACUGCGGGCUGAAGGAGUGGACCGGGACCAGGAGAGUAAAGUGGACCGGGACCAGCAGCAGCUUGUUCGUAAAGUGGACCGGGACCAGGAGAGUAAAGUGGACCGGGAGCAGCAGCGGCUUGUUCAUAAAGUGGACCGGGACCAGCAGCGGCUUGUUCAUAAAGUGGACCGGGACCAGAAGCGGCUUGUUCAUAAAGUGGACCGGGACCAGAAGCGGCUUGUUCAUAAAGUGGACCGGGACCAGAAGCAGCUUGUUCGUAAAGUGGACCGGGACCAGGAGAGUAAAGUGGACCGGGAGCAGCAGCGGCUUGUUCAUAAAGUGGACCGGGACCAGCAGCGGCUUGUUCAUAAAGUGGACCGGGACCAGAAGCGGCUUGUUCAUAAAGUGGACCGGGACCAGAAGCGGCUUGUUCAUAAAGUGGACCGGGACCAGAAGCGGCUUGUUCAUAAAGUGGACCGGGACCAGAAGCGGCUUGUUCAUAAAGUGGACCGGGACCAGCACGGCUUGUUCAUAAAGUGGACCGGGACCAGCGGCUUGUUCAUAAAGUGGACCGGGACCAGAAGCGGCUUGUUCAUAAAGUGGACCGGGACCAGAAGCGGCUUGUUCAUAAAGUGGACCGGGACCAGGAGUGGCUUGUUCGUGCCUCUCGCAGCUCGUUGUGGUCGUGGGUCACACAGCUCGGUGUAA